AUGCAGAAUACUUUAUUGCAGCGCCAGCAUCGCUGGCGCUCCAGUCGACGCUAUAAAGAUGAUUCUUGCGGCAGUCACAGCCGCUUCGUCGACGUGAUCAGACGUUGUACAAUCGUCCUUACAAAAGUGGAUCCGUCGCAUUCGACGAGAAGCGCGCGAGGAAAUGACUCGGAUGGUGACUUAUGUCUGAGUAGUGCUACCGGCCGUGGAGUACAAGUGUCUGACGGACAAGAACAAAAACAAGGAGGAGGACGAUGUAGCAAGAGAAAAUGGAGGAAAGCAGGACGAGGAAGAGGAGGAGGGACGAGAGGGGACAAACUGCAUGUACGCAGGAGCUACAGACUGCUGCUGCUUGCAUUAUGCCUUCUGGCAUGGCCCUCGCUGUGUUCGACUAGUCCUUCGGGUCAUCUUGUUUCCACUUUUGCACAAAACCCGACUCUCUCGAACGCAAAAAGCCCCGUGCAACGAGAGAAGUCUAAGCCGUCGGACGCGUCAUCAAGUCGUCAACCGGACGUUCAGAGUAGCGAUCAUGACGAUUGUUCUCAGCAACCUGAAGCGCAAGGAUCACAGCAGGAGAAGAACAGAAGAGCGGAAGAGCUGCAGCAAGAAGAGGAGAAAAAACCCGGUCACAUCUAUAAAGAAUAUCUCUGGGAGAUGAACCAAAUAAAUCCCUGGUUGUCGGCGUGCGAUCUGACGAGAAAAAAUUCGGAGGAGUCUCACGGUAGUUGUGGUCCAGUGGACAUAUCAAAGCACUGCCCAAAACCAUGCGCUGCAAAAACGUCGGAUUAUUUCUUCGAGGUAAUCAAGAGUGCGGGGUUCAACAACACGAGAAUGACAACGCAGACAAACGCUGACAACGGAAACGGGAUGAAAAAGAGUGUACAGAUGAAUCGGUGUUCUUUUUACCUUGAUAAAUCGCACAAACAGUUGGGCAGUCCAACGGACAUUUGUCAGAAUGAUUUCGGUAAAAAUAGCGCGCACAGUUUUUCAACCACAAGGCAGAAUCGAUUUUGGUUUAUAAAGGGGUUGCGUCUGCGGCACUGUUGCGAGCACGUGGUGGUCAACGCCCUGGCGACCGGCAAAGGUGGCCCGCUUGAGGAUGUACUAAACGGUGAUCUAAAAUGCCGCACAGCAUUGAAGAAUCUAUUAUUCAUCGACGAUAUGGCUUCGAGACUCUAUUGCGAGUUUGAGGAGAUAAUGAGACGUUUUGACUGCCGUCAGACAUACUCUGUUGUUCACACCUGCAACGAUUGUAGGGAAGCAUAUAGGAAAUGGAUGUGCAGCUCUCUUGUGCCUCACUUUGUUUAUAAAGAAACAAACGAGCAAGCAACAACUCCAAAAGACAAUUGGACUGCUAGCAGACUGAGGCCUUGUCGAUCUGUCUGCUACGCUGUGGAGCAACGUUGUCCUUAUUUACUUCCGACCGAUCGCGCUCCUGGACUCUCCACGCAGUACGCUGGUGAACCCACUUUUCUUUGUGGAGAUCCGGAGAUCCCAGAGACCGGUGAACAGGCUAGAAAGUCGAUCAUUGCCAGUCCCGGUGAGUGCUGUUACUAUUCAUGUGUCGAGGACGAUCCAAAAGCGGGUCUCUGCGACAAUUGUACAGAGGCGUGGAAACAUGACAGGAUCAACGAUUUUCCAACAGCACCUCAUUGCGAUCCUCCAAAAUCUGCUUCUACUGAUGCGCCGGUUUUACAGACGGUCGACAGUACUACCGCUUCUACAUCAUCCACCUUGGCUCCGCCAACUACAACCGUCGACCAGGACACGUUGUUCUGCGGCAAUGGUCGAAUUGGGCGCGUCAACACGUCCAUGUCCUUUUCAAAUUCACCGACCAUUUUAUAUAUCUAUAUGGUGUUACUUUUAACAUUACUUAUUUAACAUAAAGACAUUUAUAAAUUGAUGUGUGUGUGUGUGUGUGCGUGCGCGCGCGCGCGCGCGUGUGUUAUACCAUGUGUGUGUGUGUGUGUACGCGCGCGCGGAUGUUAUACCAAUGUGUUGAUUCACCGAGAAGGAUCUGAAGAAUUGCAAUAGAUGUUUUCUUAUAGAUCAGUAAUCUAACUGCCUGACUUGCCAGUCGAACGGGCAGCUGUUUUGCCUGAAAACAAAUCAACGAUUAGAAGAAUUCAUUUCUUAUUACUCUGUUUACAUCAGAUGCCUAUAUGACGGUCCCUUUUUCGAUAAAGAAACUUAAUUCUUAUCACUAAGGCCGGAACCAUAUUGUGUGCUGUUUUAAGGGACUAGAAACGAAGAUAAAGGUAUUAAAAUAAAAAAGAGUUCAUUGACACUUAACAAUAUUUAAGACAUAGAAAAAUUAUUAAGUAUUAUAUAUAGUACAUAUAUUAAUUAUUCUUAACUAUUAAAUAUGUCUAGUGUGGGUGUGUUUGUGUUUAUGUUUGUGGAAGAGAAUUAAUAUUAAUAAUCGUAAACAAUAAGAUUAAUAUAUAUAA